UGUGACACGAGCCACAGUACAAAGCGGCGGGAAACCGGGCUGGAGAAGCGCUGGCAGGGCGGCGGUUUUUAGUAACCCGUCGGGAGUGAGAGCCGUUUUAUUUUCUACAUACGCGCUGCCGCAGUUUCAGAGUAACGCAAAAUGCUCCGCAGCAGUACAGAGGAGGUGAGCGCAGGUGACAGUUCCGUGUCCUGCCGGAGCAGCGCGUCCCCUUGGCCGCGGCCCGGCGGAUCUUCCCAGACGAGCCUGAGGUCGUGGACGUCGACUUCAUCUCUGCAUGACUCGACGACUGCGAGCACGAACAGAGACUUUCAGGGGCCACAGGCCUCGAAAGACUCUUACCAAGGGGACCUGAGUUCGAACACCGGCAGGAUUAGCUCGUCUGCCCUCGUCUCAGCCCGUAGUGGCUCUUCUGUCUGGAGCAGGGGGACCCCACGGUUACGCAAGACCCCAUGCUCCACUGGGGCCAGGGGCGUGCUUAAUAUACGGACUCCGCAUGCUGACCAUACCGAGACCACCUGCUCUUCAGCUGCUUCUAGUGCUGUUGCCUCUGUGAUCGUGGCAGUGGUUGAGGGGCGAGGCCUGGCGCGCGGCGAGAUCGGCAUGGCCAGUAUCAACCUGAAGUUCCCUGAGCUCAUCCUGUCUCAGUUCGCUGACACUGGGUCCUAUGCCAAAGUUAUCACCAAGCUGCACAUUCAGAGCCCCUUGGAAAUACUGAUGCCAGACACUGCAAAGGAGAAGGGCAAAGGAACUAAACUUUACAGCCUCCUCACUGAAAACUUCCAGGCUGCAGCCUUCACCGCCAUCCAGAGAAAGUAUUUCAAUGAGAAGAAGGGGCUGGAGUACAUUCAACAGUUGUGUGCACCUGAAUUCAGCACUGUCUUGAUGGAGGUGCAAGCAAAAUACUACUGCCUGGCUGCUGCCUCUGCUCUGUUGAAAUACUUUGAGUUUGUUCAGAAUUCCAUAUAUGCACCCAAGUCUCUAAAAGUGAGCUUCAAAGGCAGCGAGCAGACAGCCAUGAUUGACUCCACUUCUGCCUGCAAUCUAGAACUGGUUAUCAACAACAGAAACCACAGGAGUGAGUACACCUUGCUGGGGGUCCUGAACUACACUAAAACCCCGGGUGGAGGCCGGCGCCUGCGCUCUAACAUCCUGGAGCCACUGGUGGAUGUUGACAGCAUCAACACUCGGCUGGAUGCCGUGCAGGAGCUGCUGCGAGAUGAGAAACUCUUCUUCGGCAUGAAGAGUGCAAUUGGACACUUCCUGGACAUAGACCAGCUGCUCUCUGUUUUAGUACAGAUCCCCAAACAGGAAACGGUUCAGGUGGCAGAGAUGAAGAUUGUGCAUGUGAUUCAGCUAAAACACACGCUGGAGCUGGUCGCACCACUUAAGGGAGUGCUGAAGACCUGUCAGACAGCCCUGCUUAAGGCCUACUACAGCUCCUUGGAGGACAGCAGGUUUGACAGCAUCCUGGAACAGAUCAAGACUGUAAUAAACGAUGACAUUAGCUACACAAAAGGCAGCCUUAAUAUGCGCACCCAGAAGUGCUAUGCUGUGCGGCCUAACAUCAAUGAGUUCUUGGACAUUGCUCGUCGAGCCUACACCGAGAUUGUGGAUGACAUUGCAGGACUUGUGGCAGACAUGGGGGAGAGACACGGAUUGCCUCUGCGAACAAGUUUCAGCGCAGCCCGUGGUUUCUUUGUUCAGAUUAAGCUGGAGGGGGUGGCCCUGCCUGGCGGACAGCUUCCAGCAGAAUUCAUCAAGGUUACAAAGCACCGGAACAACUACAGUUUCACCACUGCAGACCUCAUCAAAAUGAAUGACCACUGUGAAGAAGCACUGAGGGAAAUAUUCCACAUGUCCUAUGUGGUGGUCUGCCAGCUGCUGAGUGCAGUCCAUGAGCAUGUGCACUGCCUUUACAAGCUGUCCGAUGCCGUCUCCAUGCUGGACAUGCUGUUGUCGUUGGCCAACGUUUGCACUGUCUCUGAUUACGUGCGUCCUGAGUUCACAGACACUUUGGCAAUCAAGCAGGGCCGACACCCCAUCCUGGAGCGUAUCUCUGGCCAGCAGCCAGUCUCCAAUAACAGCUACAUUUCAGAGGGUACCAACUUUGUCAUUAUCACCGGGCCCAACAUGAGUGGCAAGUCCACUUACUUAAAGCAGGUGGCGCUGUGCCAAAUCAUGGCUCAGAUAGGCUCCUUUGUUCCUGCUGAGUAUGCCUCAUUCCGAAUAGCAGACCAGAUAUUCACCAGGAUAGGAGUGGACGAUGACUUCGAGACAAAUUCCUCCACCUUCAUGGUGGAAAUGAAGGAGAUCUCAUAUAUAAUCCACAACGUGAGUGACCGAUCUCUCGUCAUCAUAGAUGAGCUGGGGAGGGGCACCAGUGCUGAGGAGGGGGUCGGCAUCUGCCACUCAGUCUGCGAGUACCUACUCAACUGCAAGGCAUUCACACUCUUUGCCACCCACUUCCUGGAGCUGUGCCAUCUGGAGACGCUCUACCCCAAUGUGGAGAAUCAGCACAUGGAAGUCCAACACACCCGAUCCUCCAGCUCUGACGCCGAGACCGUCAUUUACACCUACACACUUAGCCGGGGCUGCUCAGAAGAAAGGAACUAUGGUACUGUUACAACUUGUCAGCUGCCACAUAGCCAUCCAUCAGCAUCUGUGAAACAAUGUCUGAGGGCAGCAGAAAUAACUGCAUUGCCACUGUCUGUAAUCCAGGAAGCUAGGCAGGUUGCCUCAAGAGUCAGCCAGCAGCUGUGGGCCAAACAGCACAGUGACCCCGAGGUUCUGUGCCAGCGGGCAGUCUACCGCCUGGCCACCCGCCUCCUGCAAACUGCCAGAAACUCCAGGCUGGAUUCUGAUAGUCUGCGCAUUUACCUGAAGGACCUGAAGCGGCAAUACGAGGCCGAGCUGCAGGUUGCCGAGGAGACGGUGUCCAUGGACACAGAGCAAUGACCCCAGGGAAAGGACAGGGAGGAGCUGGGAAGGAAUCCAUGUGCCAGCUGUCGGGGGUGCAUAGAGAAAGACAAAGGUUAAUAAUGGCAGGGUGUCCGUAAUUAAUACCGGAAGACUGCCUUCCCUCCCCCAUAAGGCCACAACAGUCCAAGGCAUUGUUACCUUUAUAUACAUUCCUGUGUUCCAUUAGAUCUAAUAUGACUGAUGUUGAUACAGCUAUGAUUUGAUUCAUUCCUAUAAUAGAUCUUAUUGGCUUGAGACUUCCUAAGUUUCAGGAUGUCUUCUGUGCUCAGAUUUGAGUAGCUUUGUUCCCACGUCCACUGGCAGGCUCAGUUAAACUAGGUAUGUUAAAAUAUCAGUCUACCCAGGGAGUGACGUAGACAACCAUUUUCUGUAAUGUACACUUUAGGCUCGGAUAUUUCGUAAGUCAUCAAAUGAAUAAAAUGGUUUUUGGA